CGCAGGGGCUUUGGCGGGACUGGACGGCUGAGUGCGGAGCCGCGAAAGCCGCCGCCACCCAGUUACCCAACAUGAUGGUGGGUGAAGAGAAAUCUGUGAGAAAUCGCUGGCUCACAUCCAAAGAAAAAGAAGAAGAAAAGAGAAGUGCGCAUAAAGAAGAGACUCUGCAGGAGACCCUACAGAAGUCAGAAAAUGGUCAAGUUGACCCUGAACAGCACCUGACACGGAAGAUACUGUUAGCAGCAGAAGCAGAACAGUUGAAGCCAUUUUUUAUGAAGGAAGUAGGCAAUCAUUUUGAUGAAUUUGUGACCAGUCUUAUUGAUAAAUCAGCCUCACUGGAUCUCUCUGGGUCUUCAACAUCCUUUGCUGUUCUCAGUGGAGGGAAGAAUAACCACAGAGCUAAGGAUCUGAGAAAUCGUCCAGAACAAGGAAAGCUUUUUGUUGUAAGAAGAUCGAUGUUGGAUGAGCUAUUUGAGGUAGACCAUAUUCGAACAAUAUAUCAUAUGUUUAUUGCCCUCCUCAUCCUCUUCAUUCUCAGCACACUAGUAGUGGACUACAUUGAUGAAGGAAGGCUGGUCCUAGAAUUCAGUCUCGUCACUUACGCUUUUGGCAAAUUUCCGGUUGUAAUUUGCACUUGGUGGACCAUGUUCCUGGCCACAUUGAUCAUUCCCUAUUUACUACUUGAACGCUGGGCCAGAGGAUAUACCACAAGUUCCCGUCCAAUUGUCCACUCUUUCUUCUAUGGGAUGCUUUUCAUGCUUUUCCAGGUUGUAGGCUUGGGAGGUGGAUCAACAUAUGUUGUAUUGGCCUAUACAUUGCCACCAGCUUCCCGAUUCAUUGUUAUACUUGAACAGGUUCGCUUCAUUAUGAAAGCUCAUUCAUUUAUUCGGGAGAAUGUUCCUCGGGUAUUGGAUGCUGCUAAGGAAAACUCACGCACUAUUCCAAUUCCCCAAGUCAACCAGUACUUGUACUUUUUGUUUGCUCCUACUCUCAUCUAUAGAGACAGCUAUCCCAGGACUCCCACUAUCAGGUGGAGUUAUGUAGCUACUCAGUUUGCACAGGUUUUUGGUUGCAUGUUUUAUGCAUAUUACAUCUUUGAAAGACUCUGUGCUCCCUUGUUUCGGAAUAUCAAACAAGAGCCCUUCAGUGUUCGGGUUUUGGUCCUGUGCAUCUUCAACUCCAUUUUGCCGGGUGUGCUGAUGUUAUUUCUUUCCUUUUUUGCCAUAUUGCACUGUUGGCUUAAUGCCUUCGCGGAGAUGUUACGCUUUGGGGACAGGAUGUUCUAUAAGGAUUGGUGGAACUCAACGUCAUAUGCCAACUAUUACAGAACCUGGAAUGUGGUCGUUCAUGAUUGGCUCUAUUACUAUGCUUACAAAGACUUCCUUUGGUUUUUCAGCAGAAGGUUCAAAACGGCCGCCAUGAUAUCUGUCUUUGCAGUGUCUGCCGUAGUGCACGAGUAUGCCCUGGCCCUAUGCUUGAGCUUUUUCUACCCAGUCCUCUUUGUACUCUUCAUGUUCUUUGGAAUGAUUUUCAAUUUCAUUGCCAAUGACAGUCGGAAAAGGCCUAUUUGGAAUAUCUUGAUGUGGACAUCUCUCUUCUUGGGACAUGGAAUUCUACUGUGCUUAUACUCUCAUGAGUGGUAUGCACGUCAGCAAUGUCCUUUAAAAAAUCCAACAUUUCUAGACUAUGUAAGACCACGCUCCUGGACGUGUCAAUAUGUGUUUUAAAAACUUGGAUAUAAGUUUUCUUUCUUGAUUAAAUAUGUGUGCCACUUGAUUCUGGAAAAGCAGCUGCUUAAAAAAAAAAGAUAUGCUGUGUGAAGUAAAAUCAGAUUGCUACAAGUGACCCCAUAAGUGACAAAAGCCAGUUCCAUGCCUGUCAUCUAAAGCCAAGGUAAUGAGUUAAGUCCAGUGGAAUCCUGUUAAGGAAGAUUUUUUUUCUCAUUGGGGGUAGUCUCUUAAGGUACAGACAGAUUUUUGGCUGAGUCAGAUCUACUCAAAGCUUAGCAGUCACAUCCAUCCAUUAUGUGUCUUUCUGUACUCAUUUAUUAAAUACUGUAUGUGUUUUCUUAGUUACUGAAAUAACCAAAACACACGUAAAGAAUUAAUGCUUUGAAUAUCUGUUGUUUGCAACUUAUAUCUGUGCACAUUGUUAUGUAUUGAUUAAAAAUGUGUUUGAAAAAGAAAAU